AUGAAUGAGCGAUAUCGAGGUGGGCAAGAUCUGAUCAUUGAUCUGCCAGCUGACUACGACAUCCAACACGUCGACUGGCUAGCUAUUUAUUGCUACAAGUUCCGUGUUGACUUCGGGCACGUGGCCAUCUCCAAUUUUGAUGAUGUUUCUCCCGUGGAUGGAUGGCCCGUGACCUCAUUACUUGGGAACGAAAACAGGCGAAAUUUCACUUUCCAGCUAGGUGUACCUGGAGGAAAGAAGGGAUAUCAGGCAAUGACACGUGCUCGGCCUGCGAAAUACGUUUGGUACGUGAACGGCGUUCUUGCAGAUAUCUACCUGAAACGUGGAGUAACCUAUGCCUUCAUUGUCGAAGGAGGAUCCGACAAGUCUACCUCAGAGUUUUACAACCCUCUAUAUAUCACUGAUAAUCAAUAUGGCGGGUAUGGUAAAUUGAGCAACGAAGAGAAAGAGGUGAAUAUUUCUACUUCAAUGUUGUAAUA